GUUAUGAAUGAUCAGUUCACAUUUAGUUUUGAAACUGUUGAGAUGCAUGGAACGACACCACAAACAACCCCAACAUAACACAAUAACUGACGUCAUUUUUCUUUAUUUUAGUAGUUUUGGUAAAAAAAAACAAUCGUAUAAAAUGAAUUUCAAAGUGUCUAUAGUUUUGUUACAUUUAUUUACCGUAACGAUACCAAUGAGCCAGUAUUCGGGAAAGGCGUUUAGUGUUUCAGCGAAUAAUCUUGAUACGAAUGAAACACAAUCGAAAAUUCGCAAAAUAUCAACGAUAAUGACAACAGCGACCAUCGUAUCCGAAACAUGCAACGAUCGAUUUUGUUAUAAUUCAACAAAUGAAACGACAACAAAUAAUAAAUCAAAAGAGUUUGCACCAUCAUACAAAGAGUAUGAUCGGCUGAAAUCAACCUCAAUUUUAUAUGGCAUUGUUAAAAUCGCAUCGCAACGGCCACAAACGAAUAAAUGCUACAGAGAACUAAACCAAAUCUACGACAGUAUUCAUCGAAAAGAGAUAUGGGCGAUAAAAGCAUUGGAUUCGUCUGGAAUUCCGGCAUCUGGAUUUGUGCUCGGUCACAACUUUUGGAUGGGAUCGAUGCAAGAAUGUGAAGCUGUACAAAAACCGCCGCCUCUUACAAUAUCAUCGAAUCGUUUCGAACGUUUUAUGCAUGCCGAUUUAUGGACAGCAACAGCUCCAUUCGAUAUUGAUUAUCGAAUGGUUUAUGCCGAACAUCGUUCGCCCUGGCAAGUUCAAGUGGAAUUCGUUUUAGAAAAAAAUAAAGUUUUGCACAUUGGCCUAUGUCUGCCAAAGUCUUGUCCAAACGAAGAUGUCGCCAAUUUAGCACAAGAAUUCUUCGAUUCGGCAACUUUAGACGCUCAAAUUAUGCACGACUAUCAACCAAAUGUAUUAAAAGUCAAGGAUCUUAAUGCGAAAACCAGCUGGAUGGAAAGAAGAAGCUUCCAAUUAAUUGGAUUAUGUGUGAUUUUCACAUUAGUAAUGAUGGUCAUUGCAUACACAAAAGAAUCCGCUGAUAAUGAAGUGACGGUGAUUAAAAUUGAACAUCCAAUUGAUACAAAAGCUGAUAACAAUGGUAUUGUGUCAUCGAACUUCGCUACAGAUUCUCAUUUGAAUCCACCAGAUGUAGUGAUGCACUGUCACAAAUCCAAUGUACCAAAGAAAACGUUCGUCGAUGAGUUUAUUGAUUGUUUUUCUGUGAGAAAAAAUUUAGAAAUACUUACCAGUGUUAAAAAGCCCACAAAUGCUGUACCCAUCAUUGAUGGACUUAAAUCAAUUGGAUGUUUUUUGAUACUUCUAUUUCACGUUUACUGGUUCAAUCAUUUCACAGUUCACAAUGUGACAAUGACAUUUUCAUAUGGUGAACAACCUUUAUGGCAGUGGAUUAGCGCAACACCAAUCAUAGUGGACGUUUUCUUUACCAUUAGCGGUCUAUUGCUAUCGUAUAAUUUUUUACGUAACCAAGCAAAAAUAGAAGAGAUAAGAACCAAUUCAUUCGUCCAGAAUUUAAAAUUAUUCUUCAAACAAUUACUCAAUCGUUACAUAAGAUUGACACCAAUGUAUUUGGUGGUCGUUGCUUGCAUGGAGUUCAUGACCGCCCGUCUAGUAGAAACAUCACCGUUUUGGAUUCAUGAGCGUCACGAUAUUAUGUGCAGUAAAUAUUGGUGGCGAAAUCUCUUGUACAUUCAAAAUCUCUUUACCCAAGAUGAACUAUGUGUGAAUUGGUCUUGGUCAUUGGCAUGCGAAAUGCAAUUUUUCAUUUUAUUCACAAUACUUCUCUUCGUCUAUGCAAAAUAUCCAAAUACAGCAAAAGCAAUAUUCUUUUCGUUAUUUGGAAUAUUCUUUGGUUUAAUACUAUCGAUAGCUAUAUUCACAAAAUUUACGCCCGCCUAUGACGUAAUGCAUUCAUUGGGCACAGAUAUGUACAUUGCACCAUGGACACGAAUCCUUCCAUAUCUAAUUGGAGUUGGAACUGGAUAUGCGAUGUUCACAUUGAAUGGUGUAAUGCCUUUGGGAGAGAGAACCAUCAAAACUGUGUGGACUGUGAUGAUAACUAUCGCCAUUUGCUCGCACAUUUCGACAUUAAAUCGUCAAAUAUCACAUUUUCUAGCUGCACCACUGAUCACAUUUAUCCGAGUAUUUUAUCCGAUAUCAAUAUCGUGGAUGAUACUUGCCAGCCAAACCGGUUAUGGUGGAGUUUUUGCAAAAAUUUUAAAUUUUCCCAUUUUUGUUCACAUCAAUAAAAUGUCAUAUGCAAUUUACUUACUGAAUCCAGCUGUUAUAAGCAUGUUAUACGGCUGGCAGGAUCACAGUACACACAUUCAUCCAGUUUCAAUGAUUGUAAUGACUACUGGAAUCAAAGUUAUUGUUUAUAUAACGGCGAUCGUGUUUUCGAUGAUGUUCGAAAUUCCAUAUACAAAUUUAUCAGCAAAAUUGUUAAAGCAAUCGUUCAAUCGAAAGCAAUUGAUGUCACCGCCAUCAUCAACGGAGCUGACCGAUACGAAAAAAAUGCUUUGAUUUAUAUAUACAUCAAAAUAUUGAAUUGAAUUAAGUCGCAAACUCAAUUUUCAGUGAUGUUCAAAACUUUUGACUGUAACCCAAAUGGAGAUGGAACAAUGUACUGUGGCAUAAUCCUUUGUUGAGAGUUAGAGAGAUUUUGGAUAUAAUCGUCUGAAGUGCAAAAUUGGCAGAGAAAUGAUCUGAUUUUGGGCCCAAUUUCAUAAAUAGUCUCGGCCAAGAAUCUCUUGACAAUUGAUUUUAAAUAUGGACUGUCACAAUAACUAAAAUUUUGUGAAAUAUUCACAUUAUUAUUUGAAAAUCUUUUAAAUUCAUUGAUAAAUAGACUCUCUUGGCUAUGACUGUUUAUGAAAUAGGACCCGGGGCACAAAAUAACAUUUAUACAUACCACAUUUCAAUUGGAUAUUGAAAUAUUGCGACUCAAUGUGCACCGUGCCCAAAAAAACUAUAUAUAUACAAUUUCUUUUGGAACAAAACAAUAUACUUUAGUUUUAUUUAAGGGAAAAACAACCAUAAUUUAUUUUUUUAAAUGUGUAAGUUAU